AUGACAGGCUUUGUGCCUCAAGUCGCUGCAUCAUCGUGUGCAGCGAGCAAAUCCUACGGAUACCCAGAUGAGGCAGUUUUUGCGAGCAUGCGGCGGACGGCCACAGAAGCAACGUGCGCUCUGAAUCUUCCUAUCGCACAGCUACAGAGGCAGCACCCCUCAGCAUUUUUAUCUGUGGCGUAUGCUUCUGCAAGGUGCCACCUUCAGCUUCUGCAAGAUCCACUGUGGUUUGCAACUCUUGGCGCUGCGCAUGCAUGUCAGCGCAGCAGCAACAGGCAGGCAGUCUGCGAUGCAGAAGUGCACUUGUCCGCCGCAGCAAAGGAAGGCUCUGCAGUUGCUGCGGAAAUUACUAACGCGGCAACAGCUCUGGGGCAGGGAGACCCGGUCCUGCGGCUGCAAGCUGCUGCGCUUCUUGGUGAGGCAGCAACGAAACUGCAGUCAAUCGGUGAAAAGCUUUCUUCCUCAGAUUCCAAACCGCCAGAAACAGCUCGAAAUGGAUCAGCGGAGCACUCAGAAGAUGAUGCUCACCACAUUGCUGCAGCAGCGGAACGUGCUGCCAGUGCUCUACAGCUGUGGCAUUUUCGGCUGAUGGCUUUACCUUUCAGUCUCAGUGUAGUGACUCUGGGCGCACGAGGAGCUGCUCCCUGGAGGCCGCAGCCCUGCAGCGGUCUAUCUGGAGUUGCUGCGACUCCCGUGCUGCAGAACCCCUUUGGUGUGGAUGAAAUGCUGUUGUUGCAGCAACACAUCCAGCUUGCCAUUUCAUUCAUAAACACUUUAGCCAUUCGAAUUCCCCAUGAGCUUGAGCAUCAUCAGAUCUGCUGUGUGAGGGCGCUACAACAGGCGCAGCAGGUGCUCCUCCAGCUGGACAGCUCGGCAGCAACAGCUGCGUCAGACACAACGCCGGAAGCGGCAGCAGUACCUGAUGCAGCUGCGUUGUGCUCUGACGCCAGUCUUGGCAGCGCUGUGCCGCCCUGCACGUCCCCGCUGCUGGCCAGACAGGACAGGAGUGCUGCUUUGCCAGUAUUUCCCCCUAGAGCGACUCCAGCAGCAACCAGUAAGACGCUUGUGGCUGUUCUGCAGUGCAUGCCGCUUAAUCUGGGGCUGGUGGUCCUCGUCAUGUUUUUUGAAAAUUAA